UGUGUGUGUGUGCAUCUGGCUACAAACAUCCCCUGUUGUAGCCAUUUAAGCUAAGGGGAUGCUUUCCUUGCCCGUGGUCAGGGUGAGCGUCUGUUAAGAGGUGGAUUAGGAGAGUUAGAAAGACCAAUAGCUGCCAGUGGGAGUAUUUGCUAUUCACAUGGAAGAGACUCGGCACUAUGCUGUGGACUGCUAGCCUCUUUCAGCACCGCGGACAGCUACAAGUGCGGCUCCUGCGAGCACAGCCACUGCCAGGGCAAUGCAGCCCCAGGACCAGGGACGGUGGACUUUAUGUAAUGAGCCAGUAAAAAAAUAUGAUUUGGAGGUGGAUUAUUUACUCUGAAUUAUUGAAGGACUUUACCAAUGAAGUGACUUUUUCUCUUCUAAUAUUGCACAUGGCGAAUGUACUACAUUAAACUGGAUGUGCUAAUUAAGAUUUGUAGUUGCCUGAGAAGACUGCUGGUUAUGUGCUAAACAGUCCUGUUUUUUCACUUAAUAGGCACUGAUGGUAAUACCUAAAAAGUGUGGAUUAAAAAGGUCUACAUUGUUUUGUAAAAAAUUCGAAAAUUGUAUUUUGGAUCUCAAAUAUGUCUUUAGCACGCUUGGUUUUAGAGAGAAAACAGCUCAAGUCUGGUCAUUGCAGAAUGUCAAUGGCUUUCCGGUUGUACUGCAUUUUCAGCUUGAUGCAAGCAGCUGUUGGCCAAGAAUAUGCCCACUCUAUUCGAGUAGAAGGCGACGUUAUACUUGGUGGCCUCUUUCCAGUUCAUUCAAGAGGAGAACGAGGGGUGCCUUGUGGGGAACUUAAAAAAGAAAAAGGGAUCCAUAGGCUAGAGGCAAUGAUGUAUGCUAUAGACCAGAUAAACAAAGACUCGGACCUUCUUCCAAAUGUUACAUUAGGGGUCCGCAUCCUUGACACUUGCUCAAGGGAUACAUAUGCACUGGAGCAAUCCUUAACAUUUGUGCAAGCUUUAAUAGAAAAAGAUGCAACUGAUGUCAGAUGCGCCAAUGGGGAUUCGCCAAUUUUCACCAAGCCGGACAGAAUUUCUGCAGUGAUAGGAGCUGCAGCGAGUUCUGUAUCAAUUAUGGUUGCUAAUAUAUUAAGGCUAUUUAAGAUACCUCAAAUCAGCUAUGCAUCUACAGCACCAGAGCUAAGUGACAACAGUCGAUAUGACUUUUUUUCACGUGUGGUCCCACCUGACUCCUACCAAGCCCAGGCAAUGGUUGACAUUGUAACUUCCCUAGGUUGGAAUUAUGUUUCUACAUUAGCUUCAGAAGGAAACUAUGGAGAAAGUGGAGUGGAAGCAUUUACACAGAUAUCCCGGGAAAUUGGUGGUUUAUGCAUCGCCCAGUCACUGAAAAUCCCUCGAGAACCCAAGCCAGGAGAAUUUGAUAAAAUCAUUAAACGCCUGCUGGAAACCCCUAAUGCUCGGGCAAUAAUCAUUUUUGCAAAUGAAGAUGACAUAAGGCGAAUUUUAGAAUCAGCAAAAAGAAACAACCAGACAGGACAUUUUCUCUGGAUUGGUUCAGACAGCUGGGGUUCUAAAAUCUCCCCAGUAUACCAGCAAGAGGAGAUGGCAGAGGGAGCUAUUACAAUUCUACCAAAGAGAGCUUCAAUAGAUGGGUUUGAUAGAUAUUUCAGAAGCCGGUCUUUAGCCAAUAAUCGAAGAAAUGUUUGGUUUGCUGAAUUUUGGGAAGAGAACUUUGGCUGCAAAUUGGGAUCACAUGGCAAAAAGAAUAGCCAUUUAAAGAAAUGUACAGGAUUAGAAAAGAUUGGAAGAGAUUCCAGUUAUGAACAAGAAGGAAAAGUUCAGUUUGUAAUUGAUGCAGUAUAUUCCAUGGCUCAUGCUCUAAAUAGCAUGCACAGAGAUUUCUGUCCUGGCUAUGUUGGACUUUGUACAAGAAUGAAGCCUGUUGAUGGGAAAGAUCUACUUGGAUAUAUUCGCGCUGUAAACUUUAAUGGGAGCGCUGGAACACCAGUUACUUACAAUGAAAAUGGAGAUGCUCCUGGCCGUUAUGACAUUUAUCAGUACCAAAUAAUAAACAAGACAGCAGAAUACAAGGUCAUUGGACAUUGGACAAACCAAUUACACCUUAUUGUGGAAGAUAUGCAGUGGACAAGCAAAGAACAUACACAAGCGGCAUCUGUUUGUAGCCUGCCAUGCAAGCCUGGAGAAAGAAAGAAAACUGUGAAAGGAGUCCCUUGCUGCUGGAGCUGUGAACGGUGUGAAGGCUAUCAUUACCAAGUAGAUGAGCUGACCUGCGAACUAUGCCCUUUAGAUCAGAAGCCAAAUGCAAACCGUACUGGCUGUGUACUAAUCCCUAUUAUCAAACUUGAAUGGCACUCUCCUUGGGCGGUUGUUCCAGUCUUCAUAGCCAUUUUGGGAAUAGUUGCAACAACAUUUGUAAUAGUCACCUUUGUAAGAUACAAUGAUACGCCCAUUGUGAGAGCAUCUGGACGUGAACUAAGCUAUGUGUUACUCACAGGGAUUUUUCUGUGCUAUGCCAUCACUUUUUUAAUGAUUGGAACUCCUGAUAUGGUGGUUUGUUCUUUAAGGCGUAUAUUCCUUGGGCUUGGCAUGUGUUUCAGUUAUGCUGCAUUGCUCACAAAAACAAACCGGAUCCAUCGAAUAUUUGAGCAAGGAAAGAAAUGUGUAACUGCUCCUAAAUGUAUAAGCCCUGCCUCUCAACUGGUUAUUACGUUCAGUCUUAUAUCGGUUCAGUUGCUUGGAGUUUUCAUAUGGUUUGUAGUAGACCCACCCCAUGUAAUAGUAGACUAUGGGGAGCAAAGAACACCUGACCCGGAUAAUUCCAGAGGUGUUCUUAAAUGUGACAUUUCAGAACUUUCUUUAAUCUGCUCCUUGGGCUACAGUAUUCUAUUAAUGGUUACAUGUACUGUAUAUGCCAUUAAAACAAGAGGAGUGCCAGAAACCUUUAAUGAAGCCAAACCCAUUGGAUUUACAAUGUACACCACCUGUAUUAUCUGGUUAGCAUUUAUUCCAAUAUUUUUUGGAACAGCACAAUCAGCAGAAAGGAUGUAUAUCCAGACAACUACACUGACCGUAUCCAUGAGUUUAAGUGCUUCAGUGUCUUUGGGAAUGCUUUAUAUGCCCAAGGUUUACAUUAUUAUCUUUCAUCCUGAGCAAAAUGUUCAAAAAAGAAAGAGAAGCUUCAAGGCAGUUGUGACAGCAGCCACCAUGCAAAGCAAGCUGAUUCAAAAAGGGAAUGACCGACCUAAUGGAGAAGUCAAAACAGAACUCUGUGAAAGUCUUGAAACAAAUACUUCAUCUACGAAGACGACGUAUGUCAGCUAUAGUAAUCAUGCAACCUGAACCAAGAAUCUUUUCACCACAA